UGGAAUUGACUGUAUAGCCAAUACGUCCUUAAUAAAAACGUAGUAGAAUGCGCCGGAUUUAUAAGACGAUUUUACCGACGCAUUGUCGGACAAAAGAGAGGCGAGGAUCGAUCUGACAGAUGUCAAAAUUCGUAGUCCUUUUCACAAGCCUAAAUGCGGUAACUCCGGUGAGAAAAAACAAGCAGCAAUAUACGGAAGUAUCGAUCAUCGUGCCCGGAGAAUUUGUCCACGACUGUUUAUCUCGAAACAAUGUGAAGACACACGCGCGAUACCAGAAAUGGAAACGCAACGAGGAUGGACGAGGUCGCGAUUACUCCAGAGCCCAUUAGAAAACGUGCCAGGAUCAGUAAUGACAAGUGUAAAGCGCGGACCGUCGACCCGGCCGCGGGAAUCAUGUCCCUGCCGGUGGAGAUCAUCUACGAAAUUUUCGCCUAUCUCUCGUGCAAGGACCUGUACGCCAUCAGCCUCGUGUCCACGUUGUUCAAUCGAGUCGCCACCGACCCGUUUCUAUGGCGAACUUACGAGGUGACGAACAAUAAAAAGAACACGGAUACAGUAAUCAGAGAGCUGAAGAGAAUGUCACUGCUGAAGAAGUUCAGUAUAAGCAUCAGAGCUGACUGCGACGAUAUCCUACGGCAGCUCUCGCUGUCCAACAAACGCUUGGAGGAACUGCACAUUUCUAAUUGCACAGGUUCCACGUCGAAAUUGUACCUACGCUCGAUCUACCUGAUCCGCAUACUGGAGAGGUGCCGGAACUUGCACACGCUCAAUAUAUUAGGUAGCAGAGUUCGUGGCCAGAAGAUCUAUCGAUUGCUAGCCAACAAGGGUCCCAGGCUGAGGUCCGUGUACGCGCCGGCGACGAGAUCGCAGUUCUGUACGUUCAUCAAACACGUCAGCCAAAUCAGCGAGACCGAUCGGGAGACGAUCUACUCGAUGAACGUCCGCGUGCGCAAGAGUUGGUCGCCCUUGUACUACUUCGUCACGAAGCGGGCGGAUCACGUGUCCACGGCCCUGAUCAGCUAUCUCCACAACGACAUCCUGCUGAUCGACUCGAACCGACCGAUUCACAAGCUCUCCAUCACCGAACGAAGAGACACCUGACCAAAAGGGCGACCGACGACGCCAACACUUUCACCCCUUUAA